CUCAUUUUCCGUCAGUCUAUUCUGCUCUGUGUUUACUUUAUUACUGUAAUUGUGUAAUUUCUUUGACAUUAUUUUUAUAUAACAAUUAAAUUAUUAUACGCAUAAUAUUGCAAAUCGUAUAUUUUUACGUUUCUCUUAUAUUACAAAAUGCAAAACCCAAAUGAAGACACUGAAUGGAAUGACAUUCUUCGAGCAAAAGGCAUUAUUCCAGAAAAAAAGAAGGAUGCAGAAGUGACUGAAGAUCAAAUUGUGGAAAUGUUGGAGAAUACAAUAAAUCAAAAAACAGGGAUAGUAAAAAAUCAUUUAAAUGAUAAAACAUUGGAUGAGUUGGAUGAAUUAGAAGACGAAGAAGAUGAAAAAGUAAUACUUGAGUACAGACAAAAAAGGAUAGCAGAAAUGAGAGAACUUGCUAGCAAGUCUAAAUAUGGCAGUGUGACAGAAAUUUCUGCUCAAGACUACGUGCAAGAAGUUAACAAAGCUGGAGAAGAUAUUUGGGUUAUUUUACAUUUAUACAAAUCAGGAAUACCUCUGUGUUCACUAAUAAAUCAAUACUUAUCAUCUUUGGCAAGAAGAUUUCCUACUAUUAAAUUUUUGAAGAGUAUAUCAACAACAUGUAUACCAAAUUAUCCAGAUAUAAACCUUCCUACUAUAUUUGUAUAUCAAAAUGGAAACAUGGUUAAGCAGUUUGUUGGCCCAAUUGAGUUGAGAGGAAUGAAACUUACGGAAAAAGAACUUGAAUGGAUGCUUGGUAAAGUGGGUGCUGUUCCCACAAAUAUUAAAGAAGACCCCAAACCUAAAGUACGCGACAUAUUAUUUUCAAAAUUGGGAAUGGAUCAAAAUAGUCUUGAAGACGGUAAUGAUUGAUGACUUUAUUUGUUUAUCUGUUUGAGAUUUCUUGUUGUAUAACAAUGUAAUUCAACAAUUUGUAUUUUAAAGCCUAUUUGUAUCAAAUUACAGAAUUUUUAUCAUACUGCUAAUAAAGGUAUUUAAAAAAAUGCGG